AUGUCUUCUGGAAUACCAGCUUGGAAAGUCGAGAUGAGAUCAUUGAGUCGGAACGAACGCGCUGAAGAUGAAGAAAAACUACUCUCCAAUGAAGGUCUAAAUCCGGUUCAUCCAGGAAACAGGCGCGCUAAAAUCGUGGUAUGGGGUAAAUUAUCACUUCUUGCGAUGACUGCAGGAAUCUCCUGCUUGGUUGGUAUUGUUAUCGGGAAGCAGAUACUGGACCUGAAUGAAGCGUGUGCUCUACAUGUCUCCAACUAUUAUAGACCCAUUCGAGUCCAUCAAGACGAAGCCCAGAAAACUGGUAUAUCUAUCAGUCACAUCCGGAUAAGCGAAAAAUAUGGCGGCGGAUAUCCGGCAAGUGUCGAAGGAAUGCAUCACCUACACUGCUUGAACCUUCUCAGACAAGCUCUCUACUAUAACUAUGACUACUACCAUGACCUCGGCCAAGGUGCUUUUAAGAAUGAUGAUUACAUCGUUCGACGCCACGUUUGUAAGUAUAUCGCGUGUCGGGAGCUUGUUGUUGCAUGUGCUCACCCAUCAUAG